AUGGGAGAUGUCUGGACAUGGAUCAUAUCAUUCUUAAUCCUUAUCACUCUCAUCGGAUUCAUUGCUUAUCAGCUUAUUUGCUUAGCUGAUCUCGAGUUUGAUUACAUCAACCCUUACGAUUCUGCGUCAAGAAUAAACGUUGUGGUAUUGCCAGAAUUCAUUCUUCAAGGAGUUCUAUGUUUACUCUACCUCGUAACGGGUCACUGGUUCAUGGCACUACUUUGUGUACCUUAUCUCUACUACAAUUUCCAACUACUCAGAAGCAUAAAACAGAAGAAGAAAAACAUCGAAAUCGAUCCGAGGUGUUUGUUGUCAGAGCCAGGAGGAGGAAGAGGGAUGGGAGAUAUCUGGACAUGGAUCAUAUCAUUCUUCAUCCUUAUCACUCUUGUCUUAUUCAUAGUUUAUCAGCUUAUUUGCUUAGCUGAUCUCGAGUUUGAUUACAUCAACCCUUACGAUUCUGCGUCGAGAAUAAACUUUGUGGUAUUACCAGAAAUCAUUCUUCAAGGAGUUCUAUGUUUACUCUACCUCGUAACGGGUCAUUGGUUCAUGGCACUACUUUGUGUCCCUUAUCUUUACUACAAUUUCCAACUUUACAUGAAAAACCAGCAUUUGAUAGACGUCACAGAGAUCUUCAACUUGCUUGAUUGGGAAAAGAAGAAACGAUUCUUCAAGCUCGGUUACAUGAUACUCACUCUCUUUUUCACCAUUUUCUGUGAUGUUCCCAUGGCGCAGUUCAUUGCGCAUUUGAACAAGUCGUUGCCUCCUUCACAGAAGUUUAUAAUACGAGUACUGAAACUGGACAGUACUUGUAUGUUUGUGCUGCCACAAGCGGAGCAGAUGAUCCGCAGCGAGAUCUCCAAGUUUAGGGACCAAAUCUCUUUCUCGAAGCCGACUUGA